GUAGUAUAAAUCCACCAUCCCUUCCUUCACCAGUCCUCUUCGUUAGUAAAGCUGCCGAGCAGUCGCGUCCAAGCUACCUCACUGUAGCUUUGACCUUUACAACAUCAAUCAUGGCAGAUCAAGCAUUUGUCACGUUGGCCACAAAUGACAGCUACGCUAAGGGAGCCAUGGUCUUAGGCCAGUCUCUGAGGAAUCACAAGACCUCCAAGAAACUGGUGGCCAUGAUCGGACCCCACGUGUCAGAUCCAUGCAGAGCAGUCCUUCGUCGCAUCUACGACGAAGUGAGGCUGGUGGACGUGUUGGACAGCGGGGACACGGCACACUUGGCCAUGCUGAAGAGGCCUGACCUUGGGGUGACCUUCACCAAGCUGCACUGCUGGAGCCUCACGCACUACUCCAAAUGUGUCUUCAUGGAUGCAGACACACUGGUAGUAUCUAAUGUUGACGAGCUGUUUGACCGGGAGGAGCUGUCUGCUGCCCCAGAUCCUGGCUGGCCCGACUGCUUCAACUCCGGCGUGUUUGUCUUCCGCCCCUCCAAGGAGACCCACGGCAAACUUCUCCAGUACUGCACAGAGCACGGCAGCUUUGAUGGUGGGGACCAGGGAGUUCUAAACGGCUUCUUCAACGACUGGGCAACAAAGGACAUCAGCAAACACCUUCCCUUCAUCUAUAACCUCGGCAGCAUCGCCAUGUACACCUACGCACCCGCCUUCAAACAGUUUGGUAGUAACGCCAAGGUGGUCCACUUUCUGGGCGCCAUGAAGCCGUGGAGCUACACGUACGACACGCAGACAAAUACGGUCAGGGGGGACGUCCAUGCCUCCUCCGCACAUCCCAGCUUCCUGCUCAACUGGUGGAACACAUUCAAGCAACAAGUGCUUCCCAUGAUGCAGCAGGAGUAUGGAGACAAGCCCUUCCACUCGGGAUGCGAGGCGGCACCUGCACAACCCCCCAUGUCCUCAAUGGAGCGGAAGCAGAAGUGGGAACAGGGCCAGGCAGACUACCUGGGAGUGGACUCUUUUGACAACAUCCAGAAAAAGCUUGAUGCUUUCCUUAAGUGAAAAAAUGAGGAGGGGGUUUGAGGAAGGUGUUUUUGUUGUUUUCUAAAUUGUCAUUUUUUUUACAUAGCUUGACAGUUUGAAAAAAAAAAGUAGAACAUAGACACUCAAGACAAUGUAAUUUGAAAGGCAUUGUGAGAUGUUUUUUGUUUUUCACCAGCUCCGCUGUGCUGGUACAGGAUGCUUAUUUCACGCUUCUUUUAAGCCUGUCGUACACUGUGAAACAACAAGCCUUUAUGCUCACAUUAUGUUUUAGCUCCCCUUACAAAGGGUUCCAGUCAAAAUGUAAACGAGCAAGAAAAACUGGCCACUUUCCUAUCUGGGAAAACGUAUUUUAUCUGUAGGAAAUGGCCAUGAAUUCAUUUGGGGAAAAGAACAUGAUUUUGCCCUUUUGAAAGCCCAUAGUUAAGAGAUAAACAUUCUGUGUAGCACUGAGGGCGUACUGUGCCUUGUAGAUGACAAUACUGUUUAAACAAAAGGUUACUGUGUAACACGGGGGUCGCUUUCUAUGACUUUGUAUUUUCUAGUGAAGAGAGAAUCUAAGUCCCUCAUCAGAAAUCCAUACACACAAAAGGUAUUGUCCUUUUUAAAUUGGAUUUUGUAAAGUCUCGUUUCCACAGAGGGACAAGUCUCGUCGCCCCUGUUUAAUUAUUGUGCUUUUGUUUACAGCUGUCUUUUGCACCUAUAUUGUCCUGCAGCUCAUUGGCUUAAGGGUCCCUUGCCAGCUUGUGUUGUCUGUACUGUACCUUUAACUACUAAACACUGAGUGCCUGUUACACUCCAGAAGAGGUGUGCCUCUGAAUGUGUGCCUUUUUGUCUAUUUUUUACAUCUGCCCUUUUCAGGCCCUCGUUGGAGGGGCCUUUGCCCGUUCCCUGUCGUCACCUACCAAAUAAAUAAAUAAAUGCUAGAUUGAAUAAA